GUUUUAGGGUUUAAAGACACCACCAUGGCUGUGGAGGAUUACGCUGCUAGUCUCGACUCGAUCCAGGCAGCUAGGAAUCGCAUCCAGGGCCAAAUCCGCGUGACUCAGGUGAUUACGUCGUCGUCGCUCGAUGCGCUCGCCGGGAGGAGCUUGUUCUUCAAAUGCGAGCUAUUCCAACGCGGUGGCGCAUUUAAGAUCAGAGGCGCCUCCAAUGCGAUCUUCUCUCUCUCGGACGAUCAAGCCGAGAGAGGAGUCGUGACGCACAGCAGUGGCAACCACGCGGCGGCGCUUGCUCUUGCGGCCAAGCUACGAGGAAUUCCAGCGCACAUCGUCGUGCCUCGAAAUGCUCCAAAGUGUAAAGUCGAGAAUGUGGAGCGCUAUGGAGGGAAGAUCUCGUGGUGCGAUCCAAGCGUUGAGUCGAGAGAGGCCGUGUGUGCCUCCGUGAAGAGCAAAACCAAUGCGGUUCUCGUCCAUCCUUUCAACGAUCCACAAGUUAUCAGUGGUCAAGGCACUGUUGCUCUCGAGUUUCUUGAGCAAGUUCCGCAGCUCGAUGUGAUCAUCGCUCCGAUAAGUGGUGGUGGCUUGAUAUCUGGUAUUUCCAUCGCUGCAAAAGCGAUCAAGCCCGAGAUUAAAAUUAUCGCCGCCGAGCCAACCGGUGCUGAUGAUGCCGCGCGUUCCAAAGCAGCCAAUUCAGUGCAGACGAACAAACAGACUUGCACCAUAGCAGAUGGACUGCGAGCAUCGCUUGGAUCUCUCACUUGGCCCAUCGUUCGUGAUUUUGUGGAUGAAGUCGUGACCGUCGACGACUCCGCAAUCAUCGAAGCAAUGAAGAUGUGCUACGAGAGGCUCAAAGUUGUAGUGGAGCCGAGCGGGGCCAUCGGUCUAGCGGUGGUUUUGUCUGAUAAGUUCCGCUCGAAUCCGGCUGUCAAGCAUUGCACCAACGUUGGGAUCGUUCUUUCCGGUGGGAACUGUGAUCUCACAGGACUUUGGGAGUCCCUUCCCAACUAGACCAAGUUCUCUAUUCCAAUUAUGGCGUUGCGUUGAAUCUUGGGCAACCAGGAAUAGGAAGAGUACAAGUCACGUAUGAC